UUUGCCGCAGCGGCCUCUUACGCACGACUGGCCCAAGGCUCCUUGACAUCGUACCUCAAACGAGCAGCAGCAACUACCACGACCCGAGCCACCCCUUCGACGAGGCCGCCAUCCACAAUGCUGUCGUCGACCUGCCUCCGAUCAGCCCGCGGGCUUGCGCGGCUCGCACCACGAUCUUUCACCACCACAGCCCGCCAAUUGGACUCCAAGUCCGUGGCGCCCACGCCCUCGACAGAGUCUCCGGUGCCAAAGACCGAGAGCCAGCUGCCGGCGGAGCUGCCCCAGGCCCCAAACAGGAAGGGAAUCUGGUCUAGGAGCCAGCGGCCGCGGUCAGAGGCAAUGACGGGCCCCCGCUUCGAGCAGACCGACUUCGAUCUUCAGCCCCAAUCCUACUCGGCCAUGGAGCUCAUCCACAAGCAGCCCGUCCGCUGGACUCACGACCGCAUUGUGGCUUGUGAUGGAGGCGGUGGUCCUCACGGGCACCCCCGGAUCUUCAUCAACACGGACAAGCCCGAGAUUGCCGCCUGCAACUACUGCGGCCUACCAUUCGCCAACGAGCACCACCGCAAGCACCUCGAAUCUCUCCCACAGACGUCGUACCCCCUCGAAGACACGGAGGGUGUUGGUCAGACCCCGCCGCUGUCUCGGCCUCACCCGCCCCACUAGACGGAGAACAGAGCCUCUGAGUAGUCUCGUGUGUACAUAGACCUGAGAAUAAGACUUGAGUCCAGCUCCAGCUACUUGACAUUGCCCAUCUCCCAGCUGCCCGACCGACCCGGACCGAGGGCCGUGAGCAUGACACCAACACUCGCAACGGAGACGGCCAAUUGAUCACUUCGCAAUUGCCCCGUUGUAAGACCAUAUCUAUUAUGAUCAUAGCGUUUGGUACCCGUGUAACGGAGUUAUCUAGCCAAUGCAUGGGCGAAGGGCCGGCAUGAGUAGAUUACGCCACUGCGCAACGUGGGAAAUUAUCUGCGGUCGACGACACAGAUGCCUCCAUUGUUUCAACGUAGUUCAGAGAUGGGUGAGAGCCUAGCCUCUAUGCUGCUGUUCCGCGACUCGUCCCACACCAACCAGUCCUAGAAGCCGCUCUCAAUACGCUGACCUUGCAAGAUGUUUGCAAGGCCAAGAUUGCACAGCUGCACCCGUGCUCAGAGCGCACUACCAUCGUGCAGUUCCGUUAUGGCGGGUGUCAACGCAGACGUAACCAGCUUCGUGCCCUUCGAGUUUGGCGUAGAAGCAGUAGUUCGCGAUCUCGGUUGCGAAAUGACUUGGGCUGCCAAAAGAAGGUCAUCGCAUGCGAGACACGUCGUAAUCAUGUACUGCCAUGCAGUCAACGACAUCGGGUCCUCCGACACAUUCCAUGUUCAACCUCUUCUUUCGGGAGUUGUGUCUGUGCCGUCUGAGACGAAGACGACUACGGUGCCCAGGCUGUUUACAACGUGUGGCAAUUUGGUGGCGUCCCGUGUCAGCGCUGAGGUGAUCUCGGCAUAAUCCCUGUGUCAGUUCCAGUAUCAACGGAAUACCAUCGAUGGCUUUCCAGUCUCGGAAAGCAUUUUCCAACUCCGCUUUGCUUGCGGCGCUUUGUGGAUGGCUUCAAUGCAUUUCAGUCUAGGAACCCCAUGGCAGGGAACCAAACUGUAAGCGAAUUUAGUUAGCCAAGCAUUCUGUCAUAAAACUCAGGCAUACGUUGCGGAAUAGCUUUGUACGGAGUCAAAAUAUCCAUAGCCUCAACCCGGGAAAUGGAUUCAGAGCACGUCCUUCCUCGAGACAACAUCAAAGUUGCAGGAAAUGGUAAUGGCACAGAUACACAGGCGAGGCUUGUAUACUCGUAGAACUACA